AUGAACACUCAGCAUCAGAUAAAAUUCAGAUACAACUAUAAAUUAGUGUUUUCUAGUUCUACAUCUCCAAAUCAAAGCGAUAAUUCGCCAAAUACAAUUUCUCUUCAUGAAUUUCUUCAGGUAGCACAUUGGAAUGACCGUACAAAAGGUAAAUUUCCUGGUCGGAUCAAUUUGGAAAUUCUAUCCAUUCGUCACGGUUAUGUUUUAUCUCAGUUGAUUGUCCAUGAUGAAUUAUUGUCAGUGGACGAUUAUCUUCACGGUGGUGCUAUUGUAACUUUAGCUGAUGCAACUUGUGGUUAUGGUGGUUUGGCAUCAUUACCAUCGGGAGCUUCUACGCUUACAACAAUUGAAUUGAAAACGAAUUUUUUGGGAAAAGGCAAAUCAUCAACUGUAUUGAAAUGUGAAGCUAAAUUAAUACAUGGUGGAAAGACAACACAAAUUUGGGAUGCUGAAAUGACGGAUUUAGAAACAAAAAAACUGAUUGCCAUUUUUCGAUGCACACAAUUAAUUAUUUAUCCAGAAAGUAGUAAAGAAAAAUAA